AUGGAGGCCUACUUGCUCGAUACUUUACUCGGCGAAGUCUCACUACAUGAUGACUUUUGGGAUAGCACAUCGACUUCCGACGUCUUCAUGACUAAUAAUCUGUCUUCCUCAACCAGUACUAGGGUUUCCAUCUUGUUCAGCCUUAUUCGAAGCUGCAAGUCUCUGAACGAUGCUGUUAUAGUCUAUCCAGACGAAGAGCUCUGGUACAUCACGUUUUAUACCACGGCCAAGAUUUGCAGAAGUCUCUUGUGCCUCUCAAAUGCUAGCAAGAUAUCAUCCGAAAUCUUCAGAGAGACUGGACUAGCUUCCUUCAAUGCCCCUUUCAUGACGAUUACUUCUCCUGUUCACGACGCUAUGACAGUCGAGAGAGUGGCUGACCUGCAAGGCGAGGCAAAGCGGCUGCAAGGAAAAUUCAAGAAUCUCUCAUCUCAAGUACAGAAAACCGGCAAUGAGGAAGACAUCAUGCUCGGUUUCUCGGAUAUGAUCUGGGCAGUGGCAGCUGCGUACGAGGAAACGAAAAGGCUGGAACCUGGCCUUUUGGCCUUUUCUCUGGGAAGUGAUGCACAGAACUCCUCUUCUGAACUGAGUAGCUCCGAAGGCUAUCUCUCGAGUACCGGUUCUGGAAACAUGCCACUAGAAGCAGUGUUAGACUUUGGUCUGAUGGAAGAUGAAACUUGGGAAGAGUUGUUGGCUGGAAUUGCUACGAACGCCCCUCAAUGA